AUGUUGGAUUUUAUCAGACAUAGUUUUGGCGGUAGGUUGAUCUAUCAUUUAUCGAAGCACAAAUAUUUCUGUUACCCCGAAGAAGAUGAAAACUAUGUAAUACCAGAGAAGUACUUACUAGAUGAAAAAGAAGGUGCCCUUCGUUCAUCACAAGAUGUUACAAGUGAUCACAUAGCUGCUUCCAAUUCAUCCGAUUCAAGCAUGAGUGAAAAGACCAAAAUAGCGAACGAAAACAACUACAUUUUUGUUGAAUGGGAUGGUGAUGAUGAUCCAGAAGAUCCACGUAAUUGGAGUCUAUUCAAGAAGGGGUUUUUCAUAUUUGAAGUUGCGUUCUUGACAACAUCAGUUUAUAUGGCAUCAGCAGUUUACACACCAGGUUUGGAACAACUUCAACAUGAUUUGUCAGUUGGUAGAGUGGUGGGGACAUUGGGGGUUUUCACAUUUGUUCUUGGUUAUGGUAUAGGUCCCAUUCUAUGGUCACCAAUAUCGGAAAACGCUGCAGUGGGAAGAUCAUCAAUAUAUGCAUUAACGUUAUUGGUGUUUGUUAUUUUACAAAUCCCUACCGCUUUGGUAGAUAAUAUUGCCGGGUUUUGUAUUCUUAGAUUCUUGGGUGGGUUUUUCGCUAGUCCUUGUUUGGCAACUGGUGGUGCAAGCGUUGGAGAAGUGACGAAAUUUUGGAACUUCCCCUUGUCAUUGGCACUUUGGAGCAUCGGUGCUGUUUGUGGACCAAGUUUAGGUCCAUUCUUUGGAGCUAUACUCUCAGUGAAAGCAGGAUGGAGAUGGACUUUUUGGUUUAUAAUGAUUGUUUCAGGAUUUUCAUUGGUCUUGUUGACGUUUUUCUUACCAGAAACUUAUGCACCUACUUUACUUGCAAGAAAAGCCAAGAGAUUAAGGGCUAGAACUGGUAAUGAACGAAUCACCACAGUAGGACUAUUGGAGAAUGAAGAGAGGACCGUACAUCAGAUAUUGGUAGAGGCACUUUGGCGUCCUAUUGAAGUUACGAUAUUGGAACCGGUUGUGUUGUUGAUUGAUAUUUACAUUGCCAUGGUGUACAGUGUACUUUAUUUGUUUUUUGAAGUGUUUCCUAUAUAUUUUGUUGAAGUUAGAGGGUUCACUGUUGUUGAAUUGGGUAUUUCAUAUUUAGCAAUUAUUAUUGGUGUAUUGGUUGCUGUAUCGAUAUAUUUACCAGUUAUUCAUCAUCAAUUUACUAAACCAAUCUUGAAUAAUGAGACAGUGUACCCUGAAGUGUUUAUUCCCAUAGCUAUUGUCGGUGGGUUUUUAUUUGCUUCUGGUUUGUUUAUCUUUGGUUGGUCAGCAACUACAUAUACUCAUUGGAUAGGACCUCUUUUUGGAGUUGCAGCUACAAGUGCUGGUACAUUCCUAAUGUUUCAAACUUUGUUCAAUUACAUGGGAGCAUCUUUCAAACACGAAUAUCUUGCCUCGGUAUUUGCUUCUAAUGAUUUAGUUAGAUCAACUAUUGCUUCAGUUUUCCCUAUUUUUGGUGCUGCUUUGUUUAAUAAUUUGAAAAUUGAUAAAUUCCCCGUUGCAUGGGGAGCGAGUGUUUUGGGGUUCAUUGCUACUGCAAUGAUUGCUAUACCAGUAUUGUUUUAUUUGAAUGGGCCAAAAUUAAGAGCAAGGUCAAAAUAUGCAAAGUAA